AUGCUUCGUCAUGAAGUUCCUCGUGUUUUGCAAAGCUUCGAUUUUGCUAAAACACUCGUUUGUCCCAAGGGUUUCUCCUGGCUUGUGUGCCUUAAGAAGACUAUGGGAGGCGCUAGAAAAAAAGAUAUUCCGUACAUCAAAUGUCAAGUGUGUGAAAAGCUCGCCAAGCAAUUGUAUCACAUGUUCCAAAAAAAGCAAGCAAAGAUCACCCCAAAGAAGAUAUCGGAGUUCCAGAUCACUGCGAUAACAGAAAAUGUUUGCAAUCUGAAAAAGGCAGAAGCAGAAUGGAUUUUGCAUAUGUAUAUUGUAGAAAGAGAAGAUAGGGUAGAGAAUAUUUGAUUAAUGGAGCAAGAGUCUGAGGGACAAUGUAAUUCUGAAUGUAAAACAACUGAACGCGCUUGUCAGGAGGUAAUUGGAUAUUAUGAUACAGAUAUUGCUGAAUAUCUUUACAAGUCCAUGCCUGAUAUUGAUUCACUGUUCAAUUUUCUCUGUAAAGACCUUACUAAAGCAUGCAGUACCAAGCCACCCCCUGUUCCUAAGGUAACUAAGGGCAGGGCUGCUGGAGAACCCUUCAUUCCAAAAUCAUCAAAGGAGGCUGAAAUGGAAAAUCUAUUAAAAUCUAUGGAGGGCAUGCCAGGAGCACCCCUUAUGAAAAUGUACUCAAGGGAUGAUUCGAUGAACAUGCAGAACUUUGGCGAUGAAGAUGGUGAUGAAAAUGAGGAUGAUGAUGAAGCAGAUUUCCCUUCAAAAUUGGGUAAAGUUUUGACGGAUAAAAAUGGCAGAAACAGUGAACAAAGACGGAGGCUAAGAAAAGGAUCUGCAGAGGCAAAAAUGACACGGAAGCAACAUGCUAAGGUCUCCAAUCGUAUACGACAAUGAUGGAAGGCAAAGAAGACAAGUACUUCAAAGAAGGACCCCAAGAAGGGCAAGUCCGAACUCUAA